AUGAUGCACGGGGGAAACUCAGGUACAAGACAGGUACAACCCGUAGAUCAACCAGCAGCGCCAGCUUGUUUGGCCUACUCUAUCCUCUUUAACAUGACAGCUAAUCAAAGUACCUUCAGAAUCGCCAUUGAGGCCAACGUCUUCCACCACAGAGAAACAAUCGAGAAAUCGUAUGCACACUCAACUCUCAGCGACACACUUCCUCUGCACCGCGACUGGCCUGAAAUCACAACACUGGACCUCUCUGAGAUAAAGUCUCACUUCCAUCGCCUGACCAGUUGCUGCGCGAUGGCCUGCGAUACCUUCGACGUCACACUCAUGGAUUUGGAGACGCAUAAUCAGAUAUUCCUGCGCACACGCACACCGGCGAGCCAUAGUGACAUCACAGAGUAUCUAUGCACAUACACGGCUACCCAGAAGGCCGGUGGCAGAAUAUUCGGGCCUCAGAGUCAAUAUCGUAACGCCAUGAAGACACUGCGCCUCUUCGUCACCGAUCUGAUCGAAGCUCUAUUGAGGAAGGGCGAGAUGAGAGGAAGAAUGGAGAAAAAUGUCAGCUUUAUCAAUAAGCAGGUUAACGAAAAGGAAGAUGUGAUUAGUAAAUCGCUACGUGGGCUUGUUGACGAGACGAGCAAGGGAGGAGAGAAAUUUGCCUUGGUAAUGUAUACGAACAACGUCAGGGAGAGGUUCAGAUAUUGGCAGGCGGAGGAGAAGAAGUUGAAACAGUGUGCUGGAGAGUGCAUCGGGCUUUACUCUGACCCGUAG